CUUUAAUUCUUAAUUUCCCAUACUCUGUCCUGUUCUGUUCUUUUAGACCAAUAAUGAAAUUCCCCCAAAACCAUCUAAUUUGUCACCAUUUCUUCAAACAUGAAGAAAAAAAACUUGUUUCCUCCAUUUUCACUCCACAAUUCAUACAAUUUCAUCACACAAGACAAUAUUCAAUUGCACCAACAAUGUUCGAUCCAUCAUCAACAACCACAGUUAAUACGAAUUUAUUGUUAUUUAUAAACCAUUCUCCUGUGAAAAAAGCUUUCUGGGAAGCACGAUCGAGUAUUUUCUGGAAAUCUUCAUCAAUUUUUUCGUCGAAUUCUUCAAUUGAUGAACAUUUGAUCGUUAAAACACCGUCGAGGAGCAGGACUAGCGUUUUGUAUAGAUUUUCUUCUGAAUAUGGACUUCGGGAGAGGUAUAGGAACCCGAUGAACGAGAUUCGAAUCGAGAAGUUAUUAGAAGACCUUGAUGCACUCGCCGGAACCAUUUCCUAUAAGCAUUGUUCUAGUGAUGAUGGGACAGCAAGGUCAUUAAUACUAGUGACUGCAUCUAUGGAUAAUAUGAUUUUGAAAAAAACAAUUUGUAUUGACAAUGAUCUCACUAUAGAGGGGGCUGUUACAUGGGUUGGAUGUUCAUCUUUGGAAAUUCAAUUAGAUGUCAAGCAAUCUACACCAGAACCAACCAAUUCCACAGAGUCAGUAUGUCUUACAGCAAACUUCACAUUUGUAGCAAGAGACAAGACAGGAAAAUCAGUUAAAAUCAACCAAAUUUUACCUGAAACUGAAAAGGAAAAACAUCUAUUUCAAGAAGCAGAGGAAAGAAACAAAAGGAGAAAGAAGAAAAAAGACAAUUUGGGAGAAUUAAAAGUAAAUAAGUUCAAUGAAUUGUUGUUGGCAAAUAAAGACAACAACAACAACAUUUUAAUUAAGGAAACUUGUCUUCAAAAUUCUUUGGUUUGCCAGCCAGAGCAAAAUAACAUUCAUGGACAAAUAUUUGGAGGUUAUUUAAUGAGGAAAGCUUAUGAAUUGGCAUAUGCAACAGCCUAUUCAUUUGUUGGGAGUCCACCUUCCUUUGCGGAAGUUGAUCAUGUUGAUUUCUUGAAACCUGUAAAUGUUGGAGAUUUCCUUCACCUCAAAUCAUGUGUUUUGUAUACACAAGUUGAAAAUUCAUCUAGGCCUUUGAUUACUGUGGAAGUGGUAGCUCAUGUUACACAGCCCCAAGAUCUUUCUAGUGAGGUUUCAAACAAUUUCUACUUCACUUUCACAGUUCCCUCUGAUUCACUAAGAAAUGGCUUGAAAAUUAGGAAUGUUGUCCCUGCUACAGAGGAGGAAGCUCGGCAUGUGAUGGACAUACAAGAUACCUUUCAUCCGUGAUCAUAAUUCUCGAAUUUGAGUCUAUUGUUAGGUGUGAAUCUGAAUUAAUCGGACAUGUGAUGAGUACCACAUAUCAAAUGUCGUACUAAAAAUAGAAAAAAUAAAAAUAAAAAUUGCCUAGAAUCAUUUGUAGAUGUACUUCCAAUUAUAUUUUUUAAUUUGUUCCCAUGUUGUGACUUUGGUACUAUAGCUAACACUCCAUAUAUAGUGAGUAAAUUCUUAUGUUUAAAAGAGACAAUGUGAAAGAAAAUGUAUGGGUUGAAGAUAUUCUUAGAUCAGUUUUAACAAAAGAGGAAAUAUACCAAAAGUAGUGGAUGUGACACCUUAAUUCAGAGCUCAUAUUGUCAGUCAAUUAGCAACUAGGAAUGAAAAUGAUAACAGC